AUAAAAGAAUGGCAUGGAGAAGGCCUGCCAUUCAGUCUGUGCAAAGCCAUGAAUAUAAUAAUAGUGGUAAUUGCGGUCCUGGCGGGCCUGUUUCUUGGGACUAUAAACGGAUCAGCCUCCUUGCUCGAUAGCAAAUGCGGAAAAUCACAUCGUUCCGAUAAUUAUGGGAUGAUUGCGGGAGGUGAAAAUACAGGCAUAUUCUCGAAUCCAUGGAUGGUAUCGAUAAUAGUAGGGGGUACUCCAAUUUGUGGUGGCUCUCUAAUCACUUCUCGUUUCGUUCUGACGGCAGCGCAUUGCAUAUCUCGUGAUAAAACGAUCGUGCGAUUGGGCGAUUACCUAACAGUGAAUCCUGAGAAUGAUUGCUCUACGGGUGUUUGCAUACCAAGAGCCUAUUUUAAAAAUGUCGAUAAGAAAAUACCUCACGCAGAUUUCCGUUUAGCCCCAUACGUCGGUCUGUAUGAUAUAGGCCUGCUUCGAAUGGCUGAUGAGGUGGAGUUUUCAGACUAUGUCAGGCCGAUAUGCCUCCUCCUCAAUGCAAAAAUGGAACAUGUCUUACAAUUUAACGUCACCGGCUGGGGUAGGCGUGAAAAUGGUGAAAUGAGUCGCGUUCUACUAAAAACAACUCUCCCUAGAGUUUAUAAUUAUUAUUGUGAUAACCAUUUCAAUACGAAGACUGAUCAGACCCAGAUUUGUACUGGCAGUUAUACUAGUGAAACCUGCGAGGGAGACUCUGGAGGUCCUUUGAGCGCAGAGGUUUUUUACGAAGGGCAAUUUCGUCCGUUUCUGUACGGUGUGGUCAGCUAUGGAUCUCAAUAUUGUACAACUGAAGGUUUAAAUGUUCACACAAAUGUGGAACAAUAUGUGGACUGGAUUGUGCGUGCUUUGAUUCAUAAUUGAUAAAACAAGAAAAGGCGUCUCUUACAUUGGAAUAUUUCCUACUAUCUAUGUAGUAUAAAUAUAAAUAUCAAAUAAUAAAGUACGUA